AGGAAGUUCUCUAGUGCUGUAAACACCGAGGACGUCAUUGGAAUUAUUAUAGGUGUAUUUGUACAGUUUUAUUAAUUUUUUCUUUCUUUUUAGCUUCAUUGUCAGAGCGCUGUGGAACACCCAACAUGUCGAAUAUGGACAAGCAGUUGUUUAACCUGAAGUUCGCUGCAAAGGAGCUGUCUCGAAAUUCCAAGAGAUGCGACAAAGAAGAAAAGGCAGAAAAGCUGAAGAUUAAGAAGGCUAUUCAGAAAGGCAACACAGAGGUUGCUAGGAUACACGCUGAAAAUGCCAUCCGGCAAAAGAACCAGUCCAUCAACUUCCUGCGGAUGAGUGCGCGAGUGGACGCGGUGGCAGCGAGGGUGCAGACAGCAGUGACCAUGAACAAGGUAACCAAAUCGAUGGCAGGAGUUGUUAAGUCCAUGGAUUCCACACUGAAGAGCAUGAACCUUGAAAAGAUCUCUGCCCUGAUGGAUAAGUUUGAGCGGCAGUUUGAGACGCUAGAUGUACAGACUGCACACAUGGAGGACACUAUGAGCAGCACUACAACACUGACAACACCACAGAAUCAAGUGGACACACUUAUGCAGGAGUUGGCAGAUGAAGCCGGGUUGGAUUUGAACAUGGAACUUCCCCAGGGCCAGACUGGUUCAGUUGGUACUAGUGUAGCUUCAGCAGAGCAGGAUGAACUCUCCCAGAGACUGGCACGCCUGCGAGAUCAGGUGUAAACGAUGGAGCUCUGGCCUGACUGAACUGGCUUCUCAUAGCACAUCCAUUCUGGUGUAAAUGGGAGUGGAACAUUAUUAAACUAUUGUACUAUACAGGCCUCUCUCACUCUCACUCUCUCUCUCUCUGCUACCUCAUGGCAGCCCCUUUCUCUCGUGUACACAGCCCAUUUCAUAUUACCCUUUAGGGUGUGAAGCUACUUUCUGUCCAUUUUGGUUUUUGUACAGUGUAUCUACAGUGUGUUCCGAUCUAGGACUGUAAAAAAACCAUUGCAGGAUAUUCUUACUUGGUAGAAACAUGGUUCCUGGAGUGUCACUGUCAACAAAAGUUGCCAACAAAGAGAGAACCUGUUGCCAUACCGUAUCUGCUGCUCAGCUAAGUGUUGAAGGAAGAAUUCAUGACUCGAUAAACCCAAAGUGGAGACGAGAUGUUUGCCUCUGAAUACAUUACCGAAGGGCUAAAUCCGAGUGAAUGAAAAGUACACUCCCCAAAAAGCAACUCCCAAUGGGCUUAAUCCAAUUCACAAUAUUACAUUUAGAUUGUAUUUGCCUUUUGUAAUGCUUGCGUGUACAAAGUGUGUAAUACUGGCAUAUUUGAUUUUAAAAUGCAAGCAAAAAAAAACAAAACAAUUGAUAUAUAAUAUAUUUGUUGGUCUGUUUGAUUGUGGGAUUUUCCCUGCUCUUCAUACUUUUUUUUGUUCUGUUUCUGUGUACCUUUUAUCUGGAUGAUUUAGUUAGGAUUUGCAGAGGUAAAACAAUUAUUUUGUAACAUGUAAAUGUUGUUCUGGAUUCUGGCUUUCAUGUGAGAAUAAAGAUCAUUUAUCAAAA